UCCCUCCCGGCCCCCCGUACUCUGUGUAAACAGUAGCGCUGCUGGGAUGUUAUAUAGUUCAGGUAAAUUACCUGCGUUUUACCGGAUUAAUGGCCUCUUUAAAAAGAGCUAAAACCUGGGAACUCUCAGACUCAGAGCCGGAGGAACAAACCCCGCCUGAUUCAAUCCCGCAGAGUUCUGCUAAAGACGAUAAUGACGAUGAUGAUAAAGGUGAUGUUGAUAAUGAAGAUGACGAAGGCGCGGUGACCCAGAGUUCAAACAGUAAAUCUGAAGGCGCGAGUUCGGUCUGUCUGGUUCCUCCGUCGGGCCGAGGCUCUCGCGCCCCGUCCGUCAGCCCCGGCCGCAGGAGGAGAACCCCGGAGGAGAGAGAGGAGGAGCGAGCGAGAGCGGAGGAGAGGAGGGCGGAGAGAGAGAGAGCGAGGGAGGAGAGAGAGAGGGUGAAGGAGGAGAAAAAGAGGGAGCAGAGAUGGAGGAGGGAGGAGGCGGAGCGACUGAAGAGUCUGAAGCCAGAGAACUGCCUGAAGAACCUGACCGUCCACAUCCACCCCGUGCUGCUGCAGGACUGUGGAUGUGAUGUACUGGUGGAGACGUUAGCUGGGUUUGGGUGGAGUAGCUGUAUAGAGGAGCACAGCCUCACCCACAGCAUCAGCUGGACCAGACAACUACCUCAGGUUGGUGAUGAAGGUGGAGGUGUGGUGGAUGAAGAUCAGGUGAUGAUGGUGGUCAGUCAGGAGCAGUUUAUAGCCAUGAUGACUUCAAUUAAACAGGCUGUGAUUGGUGGAUGUGAGGGGGCGGAGUCUCUGUUCCAGCCUCUGUGUGAGUAUCUGAACCGAGCGUCGGGAGCGGUGGUGUCUCUGCUGGUGACUGGAGCUCAGUACUAUCAGCGUAAGGGAUCGUGGGAUGAGGAUGAUGAGGUGUGUCCACGCUCUCAGCUUGGUCUCCAGGACAUUGACAUUGAGGAGGUUCUGGUGUAUCUGCAGCUGUUUAAGAACGUGUCGGUCCACUUCCUGUUCGGUUGGCAGGAAGUCACGGAUCAUGUAUGCUCUGUUACAAAGGCCCUGUCCAAACGGCCCUUUAAAGCGCUGUGUGACAGCACUGAUCUGGGGUUCUGUCUGGACGGGGCGUGGUCCGGAGGUGUGCGCGUGGACGCUGGGGGGCGGGGCCUUGCUCAGGUGUGGACGAGGCAAAUUCAGCAGCUGAACCGGGUCAGUGCUGGCAUGGCAACGGUUGUGACAUCAUCAUACCCCUCCCCCGCCCUCCUGCUGCAGGCGUAUGAAGAGGCAGAGUCAGAAGAUGAGCAGCGCAAACUACUGGCCAAUCUGAGAGUGAUAGGCGGGGCUAAAGAGAGGCGUGUCGGACCCGAGCUGUCGCUUCGGGUGCACCGGCUCAUGACGUCCCAGAAUCCUCAGCUGGUGCUGGAUUAGCAGACUAGCGGUCCAGCAUGACUGGAAUUGCUCUAUAGGCCUGGAGACUGGGACUGAACACUUUACCUCAACAUCAUGCACCUCACCUGCAGAAGCUCCUCACCUGUAUUCAGAACCCAACCGUGGACCUCAGCUGGGAUAUGGGAGCUCAGAAGAUCUACAGUCAGACACUGGACUCACUUCACUUCAUAUUUAUUAAAUUAUCAUCUUUUAUUUCACCUUCUUCAUGAAGAUCAUCAUGAAGAUCAGUAAGAUCUGACAGACCAGCAGAACCACACAGAUCAAAAGUUUACACACAGUAAUAAGCAGUGCUGUGUAACAGUACAGUGGGAUUGUGGGUAAUGGAGUUUGGCCUCAGGAAAAGUACAAUCAACUGUGUACAAUCCAACAUCUCCAAACCGCACGCCUAUCUUCUACACAGUAUAUAAAUAUAUAAACAUACUAUAUAAACACGCAGCAGAGUAUUACUGCGGCUCACUCUGUCCACUUUAUUACAAACCCUCCUGCACACUGUGCCUAAAGUCACGGGACAGCAGUGUUUAGUAGUAAACUAAUUGUGAGCUUGGGAAGGAACACACCUCACACCUGUAUUUGUUUUGAGUUGUAAGGUGUUAUCUUGUGAGUGAGGUGAAUUUUCUUUCCCCUUCGGUGCAGGAGACUCCGCCCACAUAUCCCACAGGUCAGUACAGUGUUCUUCUAUAACUCCUAUAGGACAUGGCAAAAGUCAUGGGAUUCGUGGUACUGGUUCCUGUUCCAGGACUUUUGGUAUGUUCGAUAGCAUUAAUGUUUUAUGAAUUCAUAAACAUGAAUUUUGGAUGAGCAAAUUUUUUUUUUUUUUUUUACAAAUUCUAUUUAGUACCAAAACAGUGGAACCAUUUGUCGAUGCUAUAGACUAUGAAAUGUGCUUAUGAAUAAAAUAAUGUGAAUAUUUUGAAUAUUAUGAAUAUUAUACUAUAUAGAAGCCUGUUAUUUUUUUCUACAUUGUGCUGUAGGUGUUUCUAAUAAAGUGGCCACGGUGUGUGAAAGCA